CAAACAAUGAGCACCGCCGCGACACGGCUCCUCCACUCUUCACGUUUCCCGGCGCAUUGUAGUUUACCCUAAUUUCGGUUCAGCAUCCCCAAACUUCCCCCAUAAAAACCUCCUUCCUUUCACUAGAUCUGCGUUGCGUUUACCCAAGUGUUUCUCUCCCUCUUCGUAAACAAACAAUAAAGGAAUCUUUAACGGAUCGGGUUCCGAGUCUUCCUACAUUCCCGCGGAUAUGGAAUCGGUGCCUUUGAUGCAACAGCAACCAGUACACCAGCCUAGAUUAGCUUACUCUAAUAAUUCUUCUUCCAAAAUUUUAACUUUGCCCACUGUUUUAACACUCAGCCGCGUCGCCGCUGUGCCGGUGCUGAUUUUCACCUUUUCUGUGGAUAGUUGGUGGGGAAGGACUGCAACUACUAGCAUAUUUAUGGCUGCUGCUAUAACUGAUUGGCUUGAUGGGUACAUUGCUCGAAAAAUGAAAUUAUGUUCUGCCUUUGGUGCCCUUUUGGAUCCAGUCGCUGAUAAGCUUAUGGUUGCUGCAACAUUGGUUUUACUAUGUUCAAGACCUAUAAAUGUUGCCUUGUUUGGGCAAGCGCCAUGGUUACUGAAUGUUCCGUCAAUAGCCAUUAUAGGACGGGAGAUAACUAUGUCUGCUGUUAGGGAAUGGGCUGCUUCUCAGAAUAGUAAGCUUUCAGAGGCUGUUGCUGUAAAUAAGCUGGGGAAGUGGAAAACUGCCACGCAGAUGGCUGCACUAACCAUCCUUCUGGCUACACGAGAUAACAGUUGCAUCUGGAGAAAGUGGGAUCUUAGUUGCAUCUGGUAUUAUUUUUCUUUAUGUUUCAGCUGGGCUCUCGGUGAUGUCAUUAGCUGUGUAUGUGGAGAAGAUAGGGAAAGUAUUACUAAAGUAGUUAUCUUCAUCUUCUUGGUUGUAGCAGCUUGCAUAUUUUUAUAUGAACUGUUUGUGGCUCAUCUCUCUUGCUACUACAUGCCCUUUCUGAUGAAUAUUUUUUCGCAAAUUGAAGCUGCCAUCUUUAUUUCACUCGAUUAACCAUGAAGCCCUUGCCUUUUGAAGUUCAUAUAUGUCGGAAUUUCCUUUCGGAUUGGACUGUUUGUUGAGGGUAGUAUCCAUAUAUAUAUUCAUAGGCUUAUGUCUUAAAUUUCAUGGAGGAUGCUCGUUGCUUUAAGCAAGUCAAGUCCCCACAUCAACACAUUGUACUGUGCAAUUUGCUACUGCAACUUGAUAUUGAGAAACUCUUACUCUAUUCUAUUGUAAAUGCCAAUUACUAGUCAAGUGGCUUCUCACAGCUUAUACACAAGUGAUAAACAUUCAAAGUACGCUAUGUAUAAUCCAAUCUCUUGCAUA